CCCAUAAUUGUGUUGCCUACGUAGAAUUGGAAAAGGUUAAUUCUGUAUCUGGUUUUUGGAAUGAGUGUCGAGGCUAAUAGCUUUUCAGUUUUUCGUUUUACAGUAUCCGUCGUCCGGUGGUCGUCGUCCCUGCGUUCCUUAUCUAGAAUUAGCAAAGGCAAGAACAGAAUCAGGUUUUUGGAAUAUAUGAAGUUAGUGUUGAGGCUUUUGGAAUAUAUGAGGUCAUUGUUGAGGCUAAUACCGUAUCAGGUUUUUGUUUUCCAGUAUUCAUCGUUGUCGUCGUCCGGUAUUCAUCGUUUUCCAGUAUUCAUCGUUGUCCAGUAUUCAUCGUUGUCGUCGUUCGGUUUGUCCAUCUAUUGGUGUGAACUGGAUACUAGGAUGGUUCGUAUUGAAGAUGCUCCUGGUUCUUCUUCAACAAUAAAUCGACUUCAGCAAGAUGCUCGACUUCAUCAGGAUGCUCUUGAUCCUUCCUUGACAAUAAAACGACAUCAGCAGAAUAGGGGUCAAUGUUAGUUUCGAGAUGAUGACAUAUAUGAAUUUGAUUCUUUGUAUGCUGUUUGGAGGGGAGGAAGUUAUAUAUUGGUAGUCAUAAUCAUUUAAUUUGCAGGGUUGAGGAGGGCUAUUUGCAGGCCACCUAAACAUCCUCCACAAAAACAAAUUGUGGUUGAAAGAGCCCGUCUUAAUCAACGUAAUUGAUCCCUUUAUUUGUGUUUUCUACUACUUCUAAAAAUAUUGUUGUGGUGUAUGUUAUUUGUUAUCGUAUACAAUGUUUUCCUUCGCAGGGAUUGAUAGGUUAAAUGUUCAACUUCGCCAAAUGGAUCUACUGUUGGCUCAAUUCCAUCGCAAGCAACGUGGUAUAAUUAUGAAUAGGGGUUUGGGACGUGCAGUUCGACGUCGUGUGCCUAUAAAUAUUGGUAGUUAUUAGUUUUAUAAAAGUUGUCGUUGUCAUUAUUUGAUUAUUAUUUGAUGAUGAUGAAUUACGUAGUUCCUCUUUUCUCACAGAUUACACUUUGUGUUUGUUAUGUUUGCGGUCAAAACGAGCACGUGUGCUACGUUCUAUUUGUUUAUUGAGAAGACGGUUGGUUAAUGCUAUACCUAGGGGAUUCACGCGUAAUCAUGGUUGUUUUGCAUUAUGUAACAUAUUUCCCUCUUCAAUUUUUAUUUUCUAUUUAUUUGUCAAUAAUCUUAUGUGAGAUUUUGUGUGUAGGUCUUCCUUCUGUUGAAGUUUUUAGUCUUGGUGAACCUUCAUGCCUUUGUCAAUACUGUAAUGCAGUGAUGUGGGUCCAAGAAAGCACGUUACGUUCUAGGAGUCAUGCUAAUCCGGUGUUUCCAUUAUGUUGCAAACGAGGUAGGGUGAAAUUGCCUCCUAGGCGAGAUCCACCUGGAUUUUUGAAAGAUCUCUUGGAAUCUUCAACUCCUAUGAGUCGGCACUUUAGGGAGGCAAUCCGUAUUUACAAUGCCAUAUUUAGCUUCAUUUCCCUUGGCGGUAAGUGGAUCGUGGUAUAAAUGAUGGUGGUGGUGUAUAUGUCUACUCUAUAAGUGGUCAAAUAUAUCACAGUAUAGGCAGCUUGCUUCCGGUUGAAGGUCAACCACCCAGAUUUGCACAAUUAUAUAUUCAUGAAUCUACCUCUGAGCUUCAGAAUCGACUCCAAUUAUUUCCAAGUGAAGAUCAUUCAAAUAUAUUCCGACCUGAGAUUGUUAGAGAUUUGCAAGAAAUGUUUGACAGGAACAAUGUUUUGGUUCAAACCUUUCACAUGGCUCGGGAAAAAAUAUCUGAAGCUACCAUUGAAGAGUUGAAGAUCAAAUUAUUUGCUAAACGUGCACAGGAUGGUAGAGAAUAUGAUUUACCAACGGGAAAUGAUGUUGCAGCUUUGAUAGUGGAUGAAAUAGGUCAGGAUACAUUUGAGCCAGACAUUAUUGUUCAAUAUAAGAGCUCUGAAUUAGAGAGAAUUAAUUAUGGACAUCCAUCAUUAAUGGCAUUACAAUAUCCUAUUCUCUUUCCUUAUGGUGAGGAUGGUUGGCAUCCUGAUAUACCCUGUGUUGAUGAGGAUGAUGAAGAAGAAGAUCUUUGGAAUAACAAUACUUUGUCCCAGUGUGAUUACUAUGCAUAUCGUCUUCAGACCAAAUUUGAUCAAUCAAAUGCAAUGUUAUUAACUGGGAAGUUAUUUCAACAGUAUGUGGUGAAUGCUUAUGCAUUGGUUGAAGCUGAACGUCUUGAUUGGAUUCGAAAUAACCAAUCUAAAUUGCGUGCUCAUUAUGUGAGUGGUUUGGUGGAUGCAUUUUUACGUGGUGACUCUGAUCUAGAUUCGUCUGGCCAGCAUGUUAUUCUUGCAGCUUCUCAUACAGGCAGUCCGUGAUACAAAUAUGAGAAUUUUCAGGAUGCUAUGGCUAUUUGUAGGUGGUUGGGAUACCCUGAUUUGUUUAUUACAUUUACCUGUAAUGCAAAUUGGCCUGAAAUCCAAUUUAUGGUGGAUUUGGUUAACUCGGAUGGUCGGAAAGAUGUCAAUCGAUCUGAUAUCGUUGCUAGAGUAUUCGAGCUUAAAUUGUAUCAGUUGAUAUCUGAGAUUAGAGAUAAGAAAAUAUUUGGAGCUACAACUGGACGUAAGUUGUUUUAUAUGUGUUUAUUUAUUUAUUAUUAUUUUCUUCAAUCAUCCUAUGUUUUUGGUUUUCUUUAUAUAUAUAUAUAUAUAUAUUUUUACUUACACGUGUUGCCAUACUAUUUUUGUUUCGUUUUUCAGCAAUCAUAUAUAUAACAUGUUGGCUUUUUAGUGUAUAAGUGACAUAUUAUAUAUUUAUCAAAAGCCAUAUCCUCCUCAAUCAUAUAUAAUCAAUUGCAAUCACAAGAACAAAACUUAUAGAUACAUACACGUGUUGCCUUCUUAGUCUACAGGUGACACAUUAUAUUUAUCAACAGCCAUUACUUAAUAAUCUUCUGUAUGUUCAACAACUAUUUAAAGAGUACUCUGUAGUUACUGUAAUUUCCAUAUAUAAUGUAAAAUCUAUCUAAAUUUAUUUCACAAAAAAUUAAGAUUUAUCAAUCAUUUAUUAGUGCAAUUGAAGUUGAGUGAUCAUGUAUUUGUUAUGAAUUUCAGUUCUCUAUAAUAUUGUAUUUUUUGUUUACAGAUGUCAUGGCUAUUGAGUUUCAGAAGAGGGGUCUGCCUCAUGCUCAUUUGUUAGUUUUCCUAGCUGCGGAAUAUAAACUAAGUGGUCCCAAGGAAAUAGAUUUUGUAAUAUCAGCAGAGAUACCUAAUCGUGAUCUAGAUCCAGAAGGUUAUCGAGCUGUAACUGCAUUUAUGUUGCAUGGUCCAUGUGGUGUUUUGGGCCGUAAUGCUCCUUGCACUGAAGGGGGGUGUGUACGAAACAUUUCCCAAAGCAGUUUUGUGAGCAAACCACAAUUGAUGAUAAUGGUUUUGCGAAAUAUCGACGACGUAAUACUGGGAUAUCUUUUAAUAUCCACUCUGUGCCUCUGGAUAAUCCUUUCGUUGUUUCGUAUAAUCGCUAUUUAUUAGUGCGCUUCGAUGCACAUAUUAAUGUUGAAUUCUGUAAUAAAUCGAGGUAUGUGCUGAAUGAUUUUAAUUUUAAGAUGUGUUUCGUGUUGUUCUUUAUAUUCUUAUGAUUAUGUUGGGUUAUUUUGUAUAAAUUGCUAAUCAAUUAUUAAAAAAUCCUAUGCAUGAUUUUUUGUAGGUAUAUGUUUUAAUAUAACAUAGUUUCAUUUCAAUUUUCUAAUUAAUAAGAUUAGAAUGCAGGCAAUUAUGUAUUGAUGAUUUUGUCAAUUCACAUUCAUGUUUGAUAUGUGGUAUUUCAUUAUUGACUUUUGAUUGCAGGGAAAUCAAAUAUCUCUUCAAAUAUAUAAAUAAACCACAAGAUAGAGCCAAAGCAUCAUUAGUGGGAACUCAAAGUACUAUAAGUGGUGAUUCGAGUGCUUCAAGUUCUGAUCGUACUCCACGUAUCAAUGAGAUCAAGUCAUUUUUAGACUGUCGUUAUAUAACAUCUGGUGAAGCAUGUUGGAGGUUAUUCAAGUUUGAUGUAUACUCACAAUAUCCAUCUGUAUUACGUAUGUCAUAUAAUCUUCCAGGUCAGAACGUUGUUGUCUCAAAGGAAAACCAGAAUCCUCAAGGGUUACUUCGAUCUAAACGAGCUCAGACCUCUAUGUUAUUGAGCUGGAUGAAAAUGAAUCAAUCAUCUUCAGAAGCAAGGCAGUACACUUUUGUAGAAUUUCCUGAGUUCUAUGUUUGGGAUCAAACAAAACGAGAAUGGCACAGAAGGAAGUCCAAAUUCUCAAUUGGUCGAUUAUACUACUGUCAUCCUUCACCAACAAAUGACAGAUUCUACCUGUGUAUGCUCCUACACAUUGUUCGUGGAUCAGUUAGUUUUGAGGAUAUCAGGACAGUGAAUGGAGUUAUAUAUAAAUCUUUCAAGGAGGCAUGUUAUGCUCAUGGGUUAUUGGCAGAAGAUAAUGAAUGGAAUGACUGUUUAGCUGAAGCAUCUCUUUGGGCAUCAGGUCAGAAGCUUAGAGAUUUAUUUGUCACUAUAAUAACCUUAUGUCAAGUUUCAGAUAUUAGCAGAUUAUGGGAACGAAAUUGGACAAUGUUGUCUGAUGAUAUUUUGUACUCCCGUCGGAAGCAACUUAAUAUGCCUACAUUGGAGAUGACUGAGUCUCAGUUGAAAGAAUGUUGCUUGCUUGAAAUUGAUAAAUUGCUCUCCAGGAAUUGCAAAACCAUUUCAGACUUUCCAGGAUUACCAGUUCCCAGUUUUGAUAUGUUGCAAUCUUCAUCUAAUAGAUUGAUCGCUGCAGAGCUUAACUACAAUGCCGCAGAUCUCCGUUAUAAAUUUGAUAGUAUGAUUUCCAAAUUAAAUGACCAGCAAAGAGUAGCCUAUGAUCAAAUUAUGGCUUCAGUGUAUGGUGACCAAGGAAAGUCAUUUUUCAUUAUUGGUUGUGGUGGAAUGGGAAAGACCUUUUUGUGGCAGGUCAUCUGUUUGAAAUUGCGUUCAGAGCAGAAGGUGGUUUUAUGUGUUGCUUCUUCUGGUAUUGCAGCCCUUUUGAUGGAUGGUGGGAGAACAGCUCAUUCCCGAUUUCAUAUUCCAGUUGACAUUGAUGCGCGAUCAACCUGUCAUAUUGAACAGGGAGGUGAGUUGGCAGAGUUAAUCCAACGUGCUUCUUUGAUUAUUUGGGAUGAAGUUGUCAUGUCUCAUAAACAUGUGGUGGAAGCUGUGGAUAAAUCAUUACGAGAUAU